CCCUGAUUCCAAAAAGCAAAACAACAAUAAAAAGUAUGGACCACAAGCCCAUAGGAUCUCCAAAUGCUGCAGGAGAGACUGGGGAGAUCAGUAAAGAAAUGGAUAUGAACGUGAACAGGGAACAGGGAAGGGCAGAGACCGCAUAGGACCCAGUCUUAGCUCUUCAGAAAAUGCUAGCACUCUACUCUGCCUGCUAGGAUUGGCAGGCAGCUGCUGGCCCCUCUCCGGGGAUGGGGGGAGUUACUCCAAGACCUGGAGGAUCAGAGCUGGGGAUGCAGCCAGAUCAGGAGAUGCUCCAUCAGUGACUUCCCAGAGCUGGGACCCAGCCCAUACAGCUGGUUAAAUCCAGGUGGCCUCAAAUAGAUCUCCCCGCCCCCCACCCCCACAUACCCCUUUCUCCCUGAGGGCCUCUCCCUCAUAAGUGCUGAGCCCAAGGGCCUGACUAUCCCCAUGGGCGGAGAAAAGAGGGCUCUUCCCAGUCCAGUAAGAGACCUAGAAGAUUCCAGGAGAUGAGUGCGACGGCUGUCCUGAGCCCUGGGCCAACUGAUGUCCAGGUUAGGGCAGCGCUGGGGCUCCGAUCCCAACCUGGAAGGCUGGACUCCGCGUCGACCGCUCUCUAGCUCUUCUGCUGCUCACUGGCCAGGACAAGCCAGGAUUGGGGAGCCCAGAGGGUGCAGGUAAAGGGCUGAGUGCUAGGCGGGUGACAGCGAGAGCCGGUGGCGAGGGUGCGGCACGUAGGAGACUAGGAGACGUAGCUGUGGUAGGGUUAAGCGCCCGGGGAGGGGGGUUUUGAGGGUGGAAAGGAGGGGGUGGUGUCCCAGCCUGAAGGCCGACCGCUCGGUCCCCGGCUGCCACCACUUCCGUGACCCAGCCCGUACCCGCGCGAGGCGGCGCGGGAGACCUGGCUGCAGCCAAAGCCGCAGCCGCAGAGGGGGCAGACAUGACUACUGCUCCCCAGGAGCUCCCCGCUCCUCCUUCCCAGGCAGGAAGCGGAGCCGGACCUGCCUCUGGAAGGGCCAUGCGCAGCACCACACUCCUGGCCCUGCUGGCACUGGUGCUGCUUUACUUGGUAUCUGGGGCUCUAGUGUUCCAGGCUCUGGAGCAGCCUCAUGAGCAGCAGGUUCAGAAGAAGCUGGAGGAUGGCCGAGACAAGUUUCUGAAGGACUAUCCUUGUGUGAGCCAAGAGAACCUGACGCAAUUCAUCAAGCUCGUGGCUGAAGCCCUGGGAGGGGGUGCAAACCCAGACACCAGUUGGACCAAUAGCAGCAACCACUCAUCAGCUUGGAACCUGGGCAGCGCCUUCUUUUUCUCGGGCACCAUCAUCACUACCAUCGGCUAUGGCAAUACAGCCUUACAGACAGACGCCGGGCGUCUCUUUUGUAUCUUCUAUGCACUGGUGGGGAUCCCGCUGUUCGGGAUGCUGCUGGCGGGGGUCGGGGACCGGCUGGGCUCCUCUCUGCGCCGGGGCAUCGGUCACAUCGAAGCAAUCUUCCUGAAGUGGCACGUGCCACCCGGGCUGGUGAGAAUACUGUCUGCGGUGCUCUUUCUGCUGAUUGGCUGCCUGCUCUUUGUCCUAACUCCUACCUUCGUGUUCUCCUAUAUGGAGAGCUGGAGCAAGCUGGAAGCCAUCUACUUUGUCAUAGUGACACUCACCACCGUGGGCUUUGGCGAUUAUGUGCCCGGCACUGACCCCGGGCAGAACUCAGCCUACCAACCUCUGGCGUGGUUCUGGAUCUUGUUUGGCCUAGCCUACUUCGCCUCGGUGCUCACCACCAUCGGCAACUGGUUGCGAGCGGUGUCUCGCCGCACUCGGGCAGAGAUGGGUGGCCUCACGGCGCAGGCUGCUAGCUGGACCGGCACAGUGACAGCACGAGUGACCCAGAGAGCCGGGCCCAGCGCCCCGCCACCAGAGAAGGAGCAACCGAUCCUGCCCGCUUCCCUGCCAGCACCACCUGGUGCUGCUGAGCCAGCCUGCAGGCCGGGAUCCCCUGUGCCCCCAAAGAAGGCCGAGACACCUUCCCCGCCCACGGCCUCGGCUCUGGAUUACCCCAGUGAGAACCUGGCCUUCAUCGACGAGUCCUCAGACACGCAGAGUGAACGUGGCUGCUCCCUGCCUCGAGCGCCUCGGGGUCGCCGCCGUCCCAAUCCCUCCAAGAAGCUCGAACCCCGGGGUCCUGCGCGUCUCCGAGACAAAGCUGUGCCUGUGUAGGGGCAGGAUCCCUGGCCCGGGACCCCCCGCCAGGGGCUUCGUUCUUGCUGAUGCCCAGGCAUGUUUGGCUUAUUUGACCAAAGAGCCCUCUUUUG